CAGGCGCAGGUCCCUGCCCGGCGCCGCCCGCCCAGUGGCUCUCCCCAUCACGAGGCCCGGCCCCCUUUGCUCUUGCCCCUCACUCCGUGCCGAAGCGCUGCCAGCAUGUCGGACAAACUGCCCUACAAAGUCGCUGAUAUCAGCCUGGCCUCCUGGGGAAGAAAGGCCCUGGACAUCGCGGAGAAUGAGAUGCCAGGCCUGAUGCGCAUGCGGGAGAUGUACUCAGCCUCCAAGCCACUAAAGGGCGCCCGCAUCGCUGGAUGCCUGCACAUGACUGUGGAGACGGCUGUCCUCAUUGAGACACUUGUUGCCCUGGGUGCUGAGGUACAGUGGUCCAGCUGUAACAUCUUCUCCACCCAGGACCAUGCAGCAGCUGCCAUUGCCAAGGCUGGCAUUCCAGUGUAUGCCUGGAAGGGUGAAACAGAUGAGGAGUACCUGUGGUGCAUUGAGCAAACCCUGUACUUCAAGGACGGGCCCCUCAAUAUGAUUCUGGACGAUGGUGGUGACCUCACCAACCUAAUUCACACCAAGUACCCGCAGCUUCUCUCAGGCAUCCGAGGCAUCUCCGAGGAGACCACAACUGGGGUCCACAACCUGUAUAAGAUGAUGGCCAAUGGGAUCCUGAAGGUGCCUGCCAUCAAUGUCAAUGACUCGGUCACCAAGAGCAAGUUUGACAACCUCUAUGGCUGCCGGGAGUCCCUCAUAGAUGGCAUCAAGCGAGCCACAGAUGUGAUGAUUGCGGGCAAGGUGGCAGUGGUGGCAGGCUAUGGCGAUGUGGGCAAGGGCUGUGCCCAGGCCCUGAGAGGUUUCGGGGCUCGUGUCAUCAUCACCGAGAUUGACCCCAUUAAUGCUCUGCAGGCUGCCAUGGAAGGCUAUGAGGUGACCACUAUGGAUGAGGCCUGUCAGGAGGGCAACAUCUUUGUCACCACCACAGGUUGUAUUGACAUCAUCCUUGGCCGGCACUUUGAGCAGAUGAAGGAUGAUGCCAUCGUGUGUAAUAUUGGGCACUUUGAUGUGGAGAUUGAUGUCAAGUGGCUCAACGAGAAUGCUGUGGAGAAGGUGAACAUAAAGCCUCAGGUGGACCGCUAUCAGCUGAAGAAUGGGCACCGCAUCAUCCUGCUGGCCGAGGGCCGGCUGGUCAAUCUGGGCUGCGCCAUGGGCCACCCCAGCUUCGUGAUGAGCAACUCCUUCACCAACCAGGUGCUGGCACAGAUUGAACUGUGGACCCACCCGGACAAGUACCCCACUGGGGUCCACUUUCUGCCCAAAAAGCUGGAUGAGGCAGUGGCUGAAGCCCACCUGGGCAAGUUGAACGUGAAGCUGACCAAGCUGACUGAGAAGCAGGCCCAGUACCUGGGCAUGCCCUCCGAUGGCCCCUUCAAGCCUGAUCACUACCGCUACUGAAAGCCAGGCCUGCCCCUCGCCUUCCAACUGGCAUCCCUGCCCAGGCCCCAAAAACAACUGGCACUAACUUUGAGAUUGGGUUGUCAUUGUUCCCCGUGAUCACUCCCUAGAGCUGGUCACUCAGCCUUUGGUCCCCACUGCAUCCCUCAUACUGUUGCAGGUAUGGCAAGGGGCAUUGAGAAACCCCUCCCAAAGCCCUGGUCAACAUGGAGGUACGAGGAGACACCUAUAGGAAACCAUGAGCUCAGGGGUCUUGGAACUGCUUACUCAGUCAGUCUUUAGGCAGUGGUCAGAGCCCAUGCACUUUACAUCUGAGUCCUCGCCUGGCCUUAUGGACUUCACCCGGGUACUUGAUUUACAGGCUUCCUGGUUCCUUAGCCUAUGACGCAUGAGAAGAAGCAGUCAAAGGGCAGGGUGCAACUGUUAGAGUUUGAAUGCUCCUGAGAGCCUGGCUUAGUGCUGGGCAUUCUUUUGAACCUCUGGACAGUGAGGUUGGAACUUUUAGUCCCUAUUUUACAGGGGUUAGAAUAGACUUGUUAGGGGCCAGCCAAGAGAGCAAGAGAAGUGACAACCAGAGGUUGAGAGGGGCCAGAAAAAUGUAAAAGCAGGUAUAGGUCUGCCACUACUUUGUAACAUGGUGGUUUCUGUCACAACCCUGGGUUAAAAAGAAGUUAAUUUGGUUUAUAAUGUGUUAAAGGACAGCAGGAAGGUGGGUUAAUAAAAAUUUUGGUGCCUGAAAGGA